CAUUACGUGAGAUCACAUGACGCGUUAGUUUUGCGCGUUCCAUUCGAAUAGUUGAAAUCAUUCGCGCCGCCAUCGCCACACGAAAUUGAUGUUUGACUAUUUGUCUACAACUAACUAUACACGUACACGUAGACCACAAAGUUGUUGCCACAUUCGGCGAAUCGUGCAAAGCUGUUCCAAGUCGGUUGUUAGUCGAAGUCAAAGUCGCAGGCAAACCAACCGUUCGGCGAUGAUGCGAUGAUGGCGCACGACAGCAAUGACAAUUGCGUGUAACUAACCGGGCGUGCUUCCACAUCACAUCACAUAACUUACUUGGAAACUUACUCAGCAUAAGUGCAGUGAAAUUUUAGAAACAGAUUUGAACACGUUCGUUAUAAAAGUGUAAAAAUAUCAAAACCUGUUUGCUUGGUAUGCCUAUGAGUUGACAUCAUACAUAUUAUACAACAUACAAUGUUCCAGCCAUGGAAGCCGCCGACUCAUCGCCACCUCAAUGCGACACAACCGCAAGCAAAACGGAAGAAAAAGAUGUCCACGAAGAUAAUGAAGAGGAGGAUGGUGAAUACACCAACGUCAUUGACGAAUCACCCGAGUUCCAAGAGAUUAUUGCACAGUUUAGGUGUAAACCGGAGCAGCUGGAUGUACAGAGUAUAAGUCUGGAUUUACGCAAUGGACCAGCCCUAAGAACAUUUUUGACAUUAAUGUUGGCGUCGAUUAGGAACCAGCCGGAUGAUGAUACUCUCAAGAAUUUUCUAACCUAUGUGAUGCAUGAUUUUGUAACGCUGGACGAUUUCGACAUCAAGUUUCAAUUAGUCAUAACACUCCAGGAGUUCAUGCCAAGAUUAUACAGUAAAAAGACGUCGUUGAUACUAAUUGAUCUUUGUGAGCAAUUAUUACUACCAGAAGAUAGACUUAUCAAAGAAGAAGCGUGUAAAUUGACAGCCAUAUUGCUGGAAUUGUUAGAUGAAGAUGGCGUCGCUGAGUUUUUAAAAGUCGUGCGCAAAAUCUACGAAAAUGAGUGGAAUCGUUGUACUGGCAUUGAUUUAAUGGCGAUUUGUUUCUAUAAACUUCCCGAAGCAACACAAAAAGAAUUCCGCACGGAGUUUACAACAUUGAUGAAUGAUGAUUCAACUUUAGCGAAAGCAGCAAUGGCGCGGAAUUAUUGGAAAAUUGUUCAACACUAUCAAAAAGAAUGGGUCGAAACUGAAGCAAUUGAAACGUUACAACAAUUAGUUGAUGAUAUACAGGUUCCUGUAAGAAUCCACGCUGUUGAAACAGCAAUAACCAUCGCUAGUUUAAUCGAAGAAGAUCUUAUCGAUAAACACCUCUCCACCAUCUUUGAAAAACUCGCCCACGAUAACUCUUGGAAAGUCCGGCUGGAAGUUGCCGCACGUAUAGCGGACAUUCAGAAAGCAGUCCGACCAAAGAUGGCGCGCAUGUUAAUCAUCACUCUUCUGAAAGCACUUAGUAUUGAUCGUGAAACCAUCGUCAAAAAAUGUCUUGCACACAACAUUAUCGACGUUGUAAUACAAUUUAAAGAAACAACGGACUUAGACCUCACGGAUAUAUUUGAGGUUAUCAACGAACUUAACAAAGAUUGCAAUGAUGAGGUUAAGAACAACUUGAUGAAUGUUUUAAUGGAUUGUGCUUCGGUUCUUACAAUGGAAGAAUGCAAAAUACACUUGUUACCUUUGAUGAAAAACACUUUAAUGUGUCAAAAUAUCACAGGCUUGUCCAAAGUCCACGAACAAUGUGUACUGAACAUCAACAAAUUAAUUACCGUCUUGGGUUAUGAAGUAAUGCAGGAAGAAAUCGAGAAAUUCAUCUUUGGAGUUUUAUCUGCUGAUAGUCAAUGGAGAACUAGAAGAAGAUUAGUAAUGACCUUGAAUAUUCUUGCACUAACUGCAAGUGAAGAAUAUUUCACAAAGAUUUGUUUGUCUUUCUAUAAGAAGAUGUUGAAUGAUUCUUGCCACGCAGUGAGAAGGAUAGUGCCAAUGAUACUUCCGGUGUUAACCGGAAGAUUUGGAUUCGAUUGGGGAAUGAAAAAUAUUUUAAGUUAUAUCUUCAGUUUUUACGAUCAUCCAACAUCUUCGCAACGUUUAUUAGUACUAUAUUCUAUUGAAGAACUUGUAGAUCCGAGUUUGAUCAAUAUUUCCGGAUCAAAGUUCGAGCAGAAAAGUUUUUUAAGUCAUUCUAUGAACAAGGAUCAUCUCUACAAAGUUUUCUCUUUGAACGAGAUGUUAAAGUACAAAUUGGAUCAACUAGAGCUUAAUUUUGACGAUGACGAAGAAGAUAAUGUAAUGAGUAGUGAUUUAGUGUUUUAUGGUGAAGAUAUGGCGGAGGAAUUUGCAGAAUUUGAAGUCCCAUCACAGAAUGUAAUGGAGUUGUUGACUUUUGUUAUAAAACAUAUUAUUCCUAUUCUAGCCAAGUGUCUCAGUGAUAAUGUUAUUAAUGUUAUUAAUAGAGCAUUGAAUACCUUUAAAAUGGUCAUGAAUUUGCACAAGAAGAUAACAAAAGAGUUCCAGCAGGAUGUUUUUAAGGAUAUUUUGGAUACUUUUAACAAAGAAAGUAGAAAGAGUAUAGAAAGUAAUAUUUUGCAUAAGUUAACUGAAGUUGAUGGACACAUGGAAGAGAAAAUUGAUCAUCCAGUGCGCGGGCAAGAUUUUGAGUCGAAUGUCCGGUUUGAAGACGCAAUGGAAGGUUCUUUUGAUGGUGAUGAAGUAAAACCACUUAAUACCGAUGAAGUAUUGAAAGCUUUCGAAGAAUUUGACAUUCCCGAUGAUUUCAGGGAUAGAAACAAAAAUUUAUUCGAUUCGAGUGAAGAUUUUCAGGAAGAUACAGUGGACAGUUCAGAAGACAAAAUGGCCGACAAUAAUAACGCCAAGAGUGAGAGCAGUGACAAAAAUGAAAACAAUGACAAUGAAGUUGAGAAACAUUUACUGGACGAUGUAGAUAUGAAUUUGUUUGACCAAAAAAAGACAGUUCUAGAGGUUUAUAGUGAUCCAAACAGCGAUGCCAUCGAUAUUUAAUUUAUUUUACUAGUGUAAAAUGUUUAAAUAAUUAUUAAAAUAAUGUAUAGGAAGAAUUAUAUGUUACCAAUUUUAGAUUUUGUUGUUCAUACAGUUUUAAAUUAUUGUAUAGUUCCUAAUAAAAAGCAAACAAGUACAAAUUGUACAAA